AUGGGAAACUGCAAAGGUAAACUAUCAAAAGAAAGUAAAAACCAGAUGAGAGGGGAAGCUUAUAGACCCAGUAAACCAGACACUCAAGGAAAAGAGACAAUACAUGUAGAGGGAAAACCAGUAAUUAAGAAUGACAAUGGAGAGGAUGCAGUAGUUAUAAAUGCUAAAAUACCAUUUGUAAAUCCAGAAACCCCAACUAAAUCUGAGUCCGUAAUGCAGGGCCCAAAUACCAGUGUAUCUGAUACAAAUGGAUUGAAAGAAAGUGAAUCUACGGGGAAACAAGAUCAAAAACUUCAUGAAUCUGAUGCUUUUCCAGAAAAACCUAAUGAAAAACAGAAUAAAAAUGUACUAUCUUCAGCGAAUAUUGAAAAUAAUAGUGGAGAAGAGACAAAUUUGAAAGAGGCGCCACCAACAGGCAUUACAUUGAAUAAAGUACCUGAUUACAAGUCAGAUGAUGCAGAAAUUGAAAAACCAGGCUAUUUAUUUUCCCAAGGCUGCAAAGGAGAAGAAGCACAAACUGAAGACUCAGGUUUUACCGACAAAAUAACUGGUUUGAAAGUUCCAUUACCUACAGAUCAAAGUAGUAGCUCUCAUGAUACUGUUCCAACUGAAAAAGCAAAAGAUGAAGACAAAAACUUAACAAAGGUGGAUGACAAUGUACCAACAAAAAAGGCUAGUGGAAAUGUUUCAGAGCCUACUGUGGAAAACAAAAGUAACCAAUCAAAUGAACAUAAAGAUGAUUCAACAGAAAAAACAUCUGACAAGUUACAGCCAGGAAGUACUCCAUCUGAUAAGUUACAGUCAGGAAAUACUCCGUCUGAUAAGUUACAGCUAGGAAAUACGUCUGAUAACCAACAAAACAAAAAUGAUUCUACAGGCUAUAAUCAUUCUAAGUUUUCUAAUCCUUGUGAUGAACAGGAUAAAAAAAUGUCAAAGGAAAUGAAAGAAAUUGAUGGUAAAAAAAAGAAAAAAAAGAAAAAGAAACCAGAUAAAUAUGGUGAGGUCAUGCAUAUUAUUGAUACAAUGCCAGAGUAA